AUGAAAGCUACUAGGCGUUAUUUGUUAUUGAGAUUUUUUUUAUUCAUAUUGGGAUCGCUUUUUGGCUAUCGGUGUUAUCUCAAGUUGACAUCGGAAUUUCCCGCGGUACCAUCCUAUAUCACUGAGUUGGAAUUGUUGAGUAUUCAGACACCAUAUUAUACCGAUGAAUGGCCAAUCAAGAUUUCUGAAUGCAAAAUGUCCCAAUGCUUUGAUUUAUCACGGUGUUUGACGCACGAUGAAUUUCGUGUAUAUGUUUAUCCGUCAGAUAAUAGCUCAUCGAUGUCCAUCGUAUACAGCAAUAUAUUAAAAGUUAUCCGAGAAAGCAUAUAUUAUACCGACGAUCCUCAAAGAGCUUGCUUGUUUGUUUUAAGCAUCGAUACCGUGGAUAGGGAUAGACGAAGCGAAAAUUAUGUAAAAUAUGUCAAUGAAUUGAUUGGGAAUUUGCCUGCUGAAAUUUGGAACCAUGGCCGCAAUCAUAUUAUAUUCAAUCUCUAUCAUGGAACAUAUCCGGAUUAUUCGGAUCAUGACCUUGGUUUUGAUACAGGCUAUGCUCUUAUCGCUCGUGCCAGUGCAAACACUCGGAUAUUCAGAGAGAAUUUUGAUCUAUCCUUUCCGCUGUUCCAUAAGGAACAUCCGUUAAGAACGACCGUAAAGGCGGAAUGGUCAUUAAAAUUAAAAGAUAAGUAUUUGGUAACUUUCAAAGGUAAACGAUACGUUUAUGGGAUUGGUUCGGAAACGCGUGACUCCCUUUAUCAUCUUCAUAAUGGACAAUCCGUAAUUAUAGUUACAACAUGUAAGCAUAACACAGAUUGGAAGAAAUAUGAGGAUGGACGUUGCGAAGAGGAUAAUGUCGAAUAUGAUCGUUGGGACUAUGAAAUGAUCAUGUCUAAUUCAACAUUUUGCCUUACACCGCGUGGACGACGUCUUGGUUCAUUUCGUUUUCUGGAAGCACUUCGAUUAGGUUGCAUCCCAGUUGUUUUAUCCGAUGACUGGGAAUUACCUUUUUCGGAAGUGAUUGACUGGCGUCAAGCAGUGGUUAUCGGUCAUGAAGAUACUGUGCUUACGAUUUCGGAUGUCUUGAGCGCUAUAUCAGUCGAUCGUAUAUUGUUUAUGAAGCAGCAGUCACGGGGCUUAUAUCAGCGAUAUUUUAGUAGUGUGGAAAAAAUUGCACUUACUUCGUUGCAGAUCAUUGAAGAACGUAUCAGAAAGCAACGAGGCGAGGAGCCGAGAAAUUGGAAUCGUUUGUUUUUACCUGCUGAAAAUUUUCAUGCAUCAGCAUCAUCAAAUGGAAAUGAUUAUACAGUCGUUCUAAGAGCUUCAAUAAAAGUAUCCGGAAGAUUGAAUCGAAUUGUAAAUUUACUCUCCGGUAUGCAUGAAGUACAAAAGAUUAUUAUACUGUGGCCCAAAAAUCGUCAGAUGAAAACUAAUUUUGACAGCUUUGGAGCAAAAGUAUUUUUGCAGCCGAGCGACUUCGACGUACACGUUGAUAUUUUAAGUCAAACUCAGGCUUUGCAAGCUGAAUUUUCGGGCAAAUUUGUCUUAUUUCUGGACGAACGUGUGCCUUUUACAGCUGAUGAUAUCCGCUUUUUAGUGGAUGCAGCAAGCGCAGAAUCUUGUCGUCUUUAUGGUUUUUAUGCUGCCGAUUCCAAGAUGCAAGGAGGAACGUCAACAAUUGAGCUUAAACCAAGCAGUCGAUAUUCGUUGAUUCUGUUCCAUCUUGCUAUAAUAAAAAGAGAAUACCUGUUGCAUUUUGAAAGAUGGAUGCCAAAACCUGCUAAGGAAAUAGCAUCGAAAUUAUCGCAUUGCUUGACUUUGUUAAUGAAUAUGAUGGUGGCGGAGUUAACCGGGCAAUCUCCUGUGUUAAUCGGCAGCAGAAUUCACGAUAAAUGGAUGCUUACCAGAAAUUAUUCUGGAUGCUUGAAUAAACUGGUUGCUGAUGUUUGGCCAUCGGGUGCAUCGUUAAUCAGUAGUCAAGCGAAAAUAAAUCCACUUCUAUAUAACGAUGAUAUUGCAGCAUUUCGAAAAAAAUACACUGGUAUGGAAGUGCAACACUUGCAAGCAUGA